AUGCCUCAGCCUGUGAUUCGACACGAUCAGCCUUUGCCCACACGCGAAGAAGCAGAUGUGCUACUGGAACGAUAUUUCCGCUUUGCUACCCCGACGUACCGGUUUCUACAUCAGCCGAGCAUUGAGCGUUGGAUGUCACAAUUGCUCGCUGGCGCUCCUUUGUCCAUGGCCGAGGCCGCUUGUGCUUUGUUGGUUUGUGCACAGUCGCUGCUAUACGCAGCAGAUGGUGACCGACACAAAGCGGGAGGUAACGAUGAGGAAGACCUGGUUCGAAGCAGAUUCUACUUCGACAAGGCCAAAUCCUUACUCAACCAAGAACCCGGUCCCGCCACCGUGGUCAGUGUACAGGCCAGGCUUGCCAUGUGCCUUUAUCUGCUCAGUACUUUCCGCAUCAAUGAAUGCCGCUUCACUUUCAGCUUGGCAUGUACAAUCCUGACUUCAAUCGGACUCCACAGACAGAGUUCAGCGACGCAUAAGCUUGAUCUGGUCACCCUAGAAUCGCGCAAGCGGACUUUCUGGUGCGCCUACGUCCUGGAUGACUACUUGAGUGUGAUGCUUGGUCGGCCACGUAUUCUGCGCGAUGAGGAUAUUGACCAGCUGUACCCCCGGAAUAUCGAUGAUCGAGAUUUGUUGUCCGCGGAGGCUCCCGAGGAGUUGCCCCAGCAUGGAAACCUUGAAGCGUUCAUUGCUGACGCCGAUCUGGCCAAAUUGAUGGCGCGGAACAGCGACCUGCUCUACCCAUUGCAGCCGUUGUCUGAAAGCCAGGUCUUCGAACGCACCGAUCAGAUGCUUGAAGCGGUGUACAACUGGCGAGAACGCCUGCCCGAUUUUCUCAAGCCUCGCGAAAAGACGCUUGCAGGCCGACGUAAUUUUGAGCGACAAAACACGGUUCUAAAGCUUGCUUAUGCUCACUUGCGUAUCCUUGUCACUCGACGUUGCUUGUUGAUGGACUUCAGCCGCCUGGGACGCAAUACAGCCUCGAUUGAAGACGAAAGAGCUCACAGGGCCAUACGAGAGUGCGCAGAUGCCAUCCGCGCCGUCCUCAGUACGAUCUACGAACUUAGCCAGAGGGGAUCCUUGUUUUCGGCUUUCUGGUUCACUCCGUACGUUGCCCUCGUAGCUCUUUCGACGUUCUAUGUCUUCAUGAUACAGAAUAGCCGCUCCUCAAUUCCGCCCGGGUUGUUUCCUGACAUCGACGAAUGGUUGGAUAAGGCGAAGCUUUGUCAAGCGCAAUUGGCUGCCAUGUCACCGGAGGGGAGCCAAAUGCGUCGUCAUUAUAACCUACUCGAUCGGCUUCGGCAACGAGCAGAAAAGGACGCCGGACGGGUCCAAAGGGCCGGUCAUGGUCUUUCCAACAUGCCGCCGCCUCCGGCCGCGGGCUUCCAGGAACAGACGUCAGCAACAACCUCGACUUUCUCUCAGCUCUCUGAGUAUCCGAGUAGGAUUAGAGAUCACACAGAAGGCCUGACAGAGCAUCAGCUACAUGGGACUAGCGGCCAGACGGUUGCUCAGGAUGUCCAAGGCGAGAAUAUGGCAAUUACCACGGACCAGUUCACCCCUCUGCAGGAUGACUAUGUAUCAAUACUCGGAUGGGGCUGGGAGAAUCUCGACACCGUCGGCUUCCCUGUGGAUGGAGAUAUUUUCGACUUUCAAGCUUGUUGA